AGAUUACUUUGUCCCGUUCGGACAAGUAAAUUCUUCCAGCAUUUAUAACGUCAAGAUAAAUGUAACCAUUGUCAAUAUUGUAUGACAUUUGUACCGGACUCGUCAUCAUCCAAAAAUACCGGCAGAACGAUAAUUGAGAGCAAUUGAGAGGAAGACCGGCGAACCUGUUGAAGCGAGAUCGCGCGUCGUUGAGGACGAAUAUCUCGAUAUCGCCACUCUGUCGUGAUGGACAAGACGAAGUUGGUCAGUAACGACCUGGAGCUGCCUCCGCUGCGCAGCCUAGACGAUUUCCUGUUGGAGUCCGCGCGUUUCCAACUACCAAAUCUCAAAGACUUGGAAAAAUGGGGCAAUCGGGUGGUCAACAAUCUUCUGUAUUAUCAGACCAAUUAUCUAUUCUUGUCCGUCAUUAUCUUCCUCAUCGUUGGAUUACUUCAUCCUGUUAAAAUGCUAGUCGGUAUGCUAGCAAUGAUGGCAAUUUUGGGAACAUUUGUUUAUGUAUCUAUGGAAGGAAGUAUGAUACAUAAUUUUAAAAGGCAAUAUCCAGCAGUUGGAGUGUUGUUUAUAAUAUUUGCUGGAUGUUUCAUAACAUAUACUCUGGGAUCUCUAUUAGUUUUCUUGCUGGGCAUUUUGUUACCUUUCUGUGUGACAUUCGUGCAUGCCUCACUGAGAUUAAGGAAUAUCAGAAACAAGCUUGUCAACAAAAUUGAAGGCAUCGGCUUGAAACGUACACCAAUGGGUGUGUUUCUGGAACAUCUUGAAGAUGUGACUGGUAUGACCCUGCGCGCCCAGACAUCAUUCAUGCAACCGCCUCAUUAAUAUCCUGCUUUGUCAUCAGGUUGUAUAUUAAAUUGUUAAAAAUUAAUAUCAAUAACCAUCGAUAUUUUCUCCGCUGCUACUCUAAUCGAAUCACAGUGUUUCGCAUGUUAUUAUCAUGAUGAGAUAAACCUUGUAAUAUUUCAGAAUAUAGAUUUGACAGAUAUUUGCGACUUAAAACAAAAGCAGUCUGUGUUAUGUGAUCUCUAGUACAACAAAACUGACAAAUAGCAAUGAAUUAUUCUAAAAUACUAAAUAUUGAAUUUACAUAUUUACACCACAAUGUGUUUAUUAUUUUUUCUUGAAAUAUUUAUUUUAAGGG